UCCUCCGUCGCGGGUGAACGGAGCAGAAGCACCUGCCUCUGUGUGCGCGCUCGAGAGCCCGACUUCGCCAUUAGUGCGCGGAAGAGUCGGCGCGAAUCGGCGCGCGCGCGCGGCUCGAGAUCGCGAUGAAGCCCAAGCCCCUGUGGGGAGCCCUGACGAGGGUGUUCGAGAACAUGGAACCGCCGGACGUGGUAGAAGCGGUCAGCGGCGGGUACCAGCAGCACACGGACGUCGCGGGGGACGAAGAAGCCGGGCCAGCGCAGAGGGCGAGCAGCAGCAGGAAGGACGGGGACAAGAAGGGUUCGAAAGAGGUCCACUUCGCCUUCCUGCCCGACAGGUACGAGCCUUUGGAAGAGGUCGAGGAGGACGAGGAGAGGGAGCGAGUGAGGGAAGAGAAGAAGACGAGGAAGAAGGAGAAAUACAAGAAGUACAGGAAGAACAUGGGCAAGGCUCUGCGCUUCAGCUGGAAGUGUCUGCUGGUGGGCUUGCAGAGCUUGACAGCAGGUUACUCCAUAGCCACGGUGAACACCCUCAUCCCAGACCUGCACAGGACCAGGCCCCGGGGCUGAGGAAGCACAUUUCUGUAGAGGACAGCUGACCUUGGAGCUCACCAGGCAGGCUUUUUUUGUGGCGGGGCAGGCCUCUAAAACUGGAAGAGUUAACACAUCUGGUAAAAUCAAACUGUAACAUGUCCAACACUUUAACAGUCCUUGUUGCUGCUUUUUUCCUUUGUGACCUUUCUCAGUGAAAAAUUCUUUCCAAAAUUAAGAUCGCUAAAGGUCAGACUAAACAGUGGCAACCUGUGUACCAAUAGGCACUAUUAAACUGUCACAAGUGCAUAAUAUAGAUAUAUCUAUAAACAUAAAUUAAUGCUCUGAUACUUCUCACUAGUGUUUUUAAAUAUGCACUCUUUAUAAUUUACACAAAUGAAUUUUGUUUGUGAGCCAUAUUACAUCAGAUGAGUAUAUUUUGUUCCUAGCUGUGGCAUCAUGUUCUGGCACUUCGCACAGAUCUGCAGUCCUUGAUAAGUGGUUUUGUAAGAAGUAGAAUAUAGCGUUUUAUGAGAUGACACUACCAAACAGCAGACAUCGUUGUGCAGCAGUGUUCUACAUUUUUUGAUUAUAAGCCAGUACUGCUUGCUAUCAUAAUCGGGAAUUAUGAGAGAACACAAACUUGGAAGUUCUUUGAUACACUACUUACAAUGGGUCACUCAUCAAAUGUAAUGUAUCUAGCAGUGUAAGUCACCUUGGUGAAUAAG